GCAGCCUCUGCGACUGCCGCGCUGCGUCGGAGCUGGCCGGCGACGGCCGUUCUCCGCAAGAUGGCGGAUCGGCGGCGGCAGCGCGCUUCGCAGGACACAGAGGACGAGGAAUCUGGAGCUUCGGGCUCCGACAGCGGCGGCUCUUUGGCGCGGGGAGGUGGGAGCGGUGGCGGCGGCAGCGGCUCCCUGCCUUCGCAGCGUGGCGGCCGCUCCGGGGCCCUUCAUUUGCGGCGGAUGGAGAGCGGGGGGGCCAAGAGCGCCGAGGAGUCGGAGUGUGAGAGCGAAGAUGGCAUGGAAGGUGAUGCCGUUCUCUCGGAUUAUGAAAGUGCAGAAGAUUCAGAAGGUGAGGAGGGGGAGUACAGUGAAGAGGAAAACUCCAAAGUGGAGCUGAAGUCAGAAGCCAAUGACGCCUCAAGCUCAUCAGCUAAGGCGGAGAAGGCAGAGGAGAAAGCCGACGGCAAAGGCGCCGUGACUGGGGAGCGGCAGAGCGGGGACGGGCAGGAGAGCACGGAGCCCGUGGAGAACAAGGUGGGGAAGAAGGGCCCCAAGCACCUGGAUGAUGACGAGGACCGCAAGAACCCCGCAUACAUCCCCCGGAAGGGGCUCUUCUUUGAGCACGACCUCCGGGGCCAGACGCAGGAGGAGGAGAUCAGACCCAAAGGCCGUCAGCGGAAGCUGUGGAAGGACGAGGGUCGCUGGGAGCACGACAAGUUCCGAGAGGAUGAGCAGGCUCCCAAGUCUCGGCAGGAGCUCAUUGCGCUGUACGGCUACGACAUCCGCUCGGCUCAUAGCCCUGACGACAUCAAGCCCCGGAGGGUCCGCAAGCCCCGGUAUGGGAGUCCUCCACAGAGAGAUCCAAACUGGGUUGGUGAGCGACCAAUCAAGUCCCAUCGUCACCAAGGUUCCGGGGGCACCUUACCACCGAGGACAUUUAUUAAUAGGAAUGCAGCGGGCACUGGCCGCAUGUCAACACCCAGGAAUUACUCCCGAUCUGGAGGCUUCAAGGAAGGUCGAGCUGGGUUUCGGCCCAUGGAGGCUGGGGGUUCCCAUGGUGGCCGGUCUGCUGAGACUGUGCGGCUUGAGACUGGCUACCGCUCGAGGCGCUUAGAGCAGGCUCCUGCUAGGGACCCGUCGCCAGAAGUGGAUGCUGCAGUGCUUGGCAGUCCCGAGAAGGAAGAGAUGGCUUCUGAGACCCCAGCUGCUGCUCCUGAUGCCGCCCCACCAGCCCCUGACCGGCCCAUCGAAAAGAAAUCCUACUCCCGUGCCAGAAGAACUCGGACCAAGGCUGGGGAUGCAGUCAAGGCUGUGGAGGUGAUGCCCCCACCGCCUGAGGGCCUGACCUUGGCCCCUGCAGUCCCAGAAGCUGCCGCUGCUCCAUCAGCAAAGGCCGGGAGCUGGGAGUCUCCCUCAGACUCGGCCGCAGGUGGCCUGGAGCAAGAGGUGGCACAGCUGAGCCUCACAGAUCAGAACUGGAGUCCAGGGCAGCCUUCCUUCCUACAGCCGCGUGAGCUUCGGGGUGUGCCCAACCACAUCCACAUGGGGGCAGGACCUCCACCGCAGUUUAACCGCAUGGAAGAGAUGGUACUCAAGGGAAGACGCGAGGGGAGGGGUGUCCAGGGCGGUCGUGCCAAGCGCUACUCCUCCCAGCGGCAGAGGCCUGUGCCUGAACCCCCGGCCCCUCCGGUGCACAUCAGCAUUGUGGAAGGACAUUACUAUGACCCACUGCAGUUCCAGGGACCAAUCUAUACCCACGGUGACAGCCCUGCCCCGCUGCCUCCGCAGGGCAUGAUUGUGCAGCCGGAAAUGCACCUUCCCCACCCAGGUUUGCACCCCCACCAGACGCCGGCACCCCUGGCUAACCCGGGCCUCUACCCCCCACCAGUGUCUGUGUCCCCGGGACAACCGCCUCCCCAGCAGCUGCUGGCCCCCACCUACUUCUCCGCCCCGGGUGUGAUGAGCUUCGGGAACCCCAGCUACCCCUAUGCUCCGGGGGCCCUGCCUCCCCCGCCACCACCACAUCUGUACCCCAACACACAGGCCCCAUCACAGGUGUACGGUGGAGUGACCUACUAUAACCCCGCCCAGCAGCAGGUGCAGCCGAAGCCCUCCCCGCCCCGGAGGACGCCGCAGCCAGUCUCCAUCAAGCCCCCUCCGCCGGAGGUGGUGAGCAGGGGCUCCAGUUAAUGUGACAUGCUGAAUAUUUCCAGUCCAACGUCGUAGAAACCCCUCACCGAGGAGAGGCGUGAUCUCAGGAGAGGAGGGAGCUGCACGGGGAGACCCUGCAGGGCCCCGCCACGGGCAGUGCAGGGGCCACCUUGGGAUGUCUCUGCCUAGGGGAGCCAGUGUCAGCCAAGCUGCUGAGCCCCUGCCUGGGGCCCGCGCACCCACUGUACCUUCUCUGGAACGAAUGUCAGGGGUCUCUGCCCCAGGGGUGUCCCUUCCUGUGCUUGUUUUGUUUUCUGUAUGUUCAUUUUUAAAAAGCCUGGCUUGCUCUUCUUAAACUAACUCUAGUGUCUCUGCGUGUACCCGCUUCUGCCCACCUCUCCCCACCUCACAGUAGCUGGGCCAAACCUGCCCAGAGCCACCGUUGGGGUCUCCUGACUCCUCUACUGGUGCCACUAUGGGGCAGGGCGCAAGGGGUCCCGGCCUCUGCCCAGGGGGUGGAGGCUGUAGGUGCCCCUCCCUGGGCUGUGGCUGUUGACCCUGAACCCGACUCCGGUCACUGUGGACCGAUGCAUCUCUAGCAGCAAGUGCUAUUGGCACGUGCUCCUCCCCUCCCCUUCCUCCGCUUCCUCCUCAGCGGGCACUUGCUCUGCUCUGUGCCUGUCCUGCUAUGGCGGUUUCCGUCCUUUCCCCUACUCUGGCUCUUACAAGCAGACGGCCCAGGCAGCCAGGCCUCCUGUGUGUAGGCCUGACCCCGCUCCUCCUGCCCUGGCCCUGAACCGCUCCAGCGGCCUCUGCGGAAGAGUUUGCUGUCCCCGCAGUGCUUGAGUCUGCUAGGGAAUGCCUGGCCCAGCCCCGUCCUUCCUCAGAAGCGGAGGCAGAAAGCAGCCAUCAUGUCAGCCCUCCAGCUCCCUUCCUGGCAGCUGGCCUGGCCACUCUGAGUCCCUGUGCCCUGUGCAGUGGAGAGAGAGAGGUGCCAAGCUGGGACCCCAGUGAAGGCCCAAGGCCUCAGGGGCAGCUGCUGCUUGUGCCUUUUGUCAGCUUCCCUUUGCCUUAAACCUGAAGGUGUCUCUGCAGGCCUGUGGCCGCUGCCCAGACCCCCAGACCCGAAGACACUGUGACAGUCGUCUCUAUCGGGCCACUGUGUCCAGUUGUGAAGACUUCUCCGUGUGUGUUGUUUUUAUUACUAAAGAGUGUACCUUUGUGAUCAGCAUUGUGACCUGCAGAUAAUAAAGUUUAAACUAUGAAUACCGUA